AUGCGCUUCUCAAGUGAUGGAGCUAUCAACUGGAAUCCUGUUGUUGAUGCCAUAUCAUCAAAUUCCAACAUCCCGUGGUUGGCCGUUGUUGAUCCGUUGAACGGUCCCGGUGCUUCUGGCAAGCCCGGCAACGACGACGUCAACUACAUUGACGGCACAUCCAAGCUCAACAGCUACUCCAAUGUCAAGACUAUUGGUUACGUUCGUACCAACUACGGACAGGCGCCUCUCGACGAGCUCAAGGCCAACAUUACUACCUGGAGCAACUGGGGAACGUACGCCGCUGCCGACGUUGGCGUGGACGGCAUCUUCUUUGACGAGAGUAGCGCCGACUUUGACUACCUCAACGAGGCUGUUACUUUUGCCCGCAAUGCUUUCAGCAACAGCAUUACGACGAUUUGCAACUUUGGUAGCAGGGCCGAGGCCGAGUACUACAGUAUUUGCGACGUUGUAAUCGCCUUUGAGAGCUGCCUCAACUGUGCCGAUGGCCCACCAUACGAAAGCCAAAAGACUUUGAGCAACAACAUUCCUGCUGGUUACGAGUCAAAAGCUGCGGUCAUCUUGAACCGGUUUACAGGCGCUUCUGUCGAUGGCCGGGAAGCCGAUAGAGGGCUGAUGAAUGAGUACGUCAAGACCAUGAAGGAGAGUGGCCUUGGCUGGUACUACUUUACAUCUGCUGAUUAUGACACUAUUGACGCUGGGCCGGCAACCGUGGGAGCCAAUAUGGAUGCGCUGGCUGCUUGA